AUGUCUGCUAAAAUUGGUAAACCAGCGCCUGAUUUUGUAGCAACAGCAGUUGUAGAUUAUGAUUUCAAAGAUGUUUCAUUAAAAGAUUAUUUAGGCAAAUAUGUUGUACUCUUUUUUUAUCCACUUGAUUUUACAUUUGUUUGUCCUACAGAAAUUAUUGCAUUCAGUGAUCGUGCUCAAGAAUUUCUCGAUAUUGAAUGUGCAGUUUUAGCUUGUUCAACUGAUUCACAUUUUAGUCAUUUUGCUUGGAUUACAAAAGAACGUAAAAUGGGUGGUUUAGGUAAAAUGAAUAUUCCAUUAUUAUCAGAUAAAACUAUGGAAAUUUCUGCUAAAUACGGUGUAUUAAAAGAAGAUGAAGGCAUUGCAUUUCGUGGUCUAUUUAUUAUUGAUACGCACGGUACACUUCGUCAAAUGACUAUUAAUGAUUUACCAGUUGGUCGUUCAGUUGAUGAAACACUUCGAUUAGUUCAAGCUUUUCAAUUUACUGAUAAACAUGGUGAAGUAUGUCCAGCAAAUUGGAAACCUGGCAAGAAGACAAUUAAUCCUAAUGAUAAGAAUACGCAAGAUAACACUCAAGCAUCUCAUUGA